GAGAGGGGGGGGGGGUGAGACCAGAGAGAGACAGUGGUCUUGACUGUAACGAAAUUCACUAAAAAAGGAACGGGGAGAGAGAGAGAGAGAGAGAGGCAGUGGUCUUGACCGUAACGAAAUUCACAGAGUAUACAACUGGAUUGAAAAGUUCGAGCCGACUAUCAGAAACAGAAAUAGUGUGGUGGUGAAAUCACAACGCGAGCAUAUACAGGAGCCGCGAAGCUCAGGAAAAAAAAAAAGAAGAAAGAAGAAAGAAGCAGUGAAAACACUGGGAGCAAGAGAAGAAGACAAGGACCAUGGUGACUCUGUGGUUAUGGCUAUUUUCAUUCUUCUUCCUUCUAGGUCUGCUAUGCACCCUCGCUUUCCAGCUUAUGUGCUUGGUGGACCUUGAGUAUGACUAUAUCAAUCCAUAUGAUUCAGCAUCUCGGAUAAACAGGGUUGUUUUGCCUGAGUUUAUAGCUCAGGGGGUCUUGUGCUUCUUCUUUUUUCUUACUGGAAAUUGGCUUACGUUUGUGUUCUCUCUCCCAUACCUAUGUUACAACGUGAGAUUGUACAUGGAGCAGCGGCACUUGGUUGACGUAACUGAGAUCUAUAACCAACUGAGAUGGGAGAAAAAGCAGCGGUUUUUAAAGAUUGGCUAUGUUAUUCUCCUAUUCUUCCUUUCUCUAUUCUGGUUGCUUUCAAGUAUUUCAGUGGAAGACGAAUAAUCAAGGAGUGCUGCUCCUGACAGGCUGGCUGAUGUAUCAAUAAUUGAUCACCCAUUGGCAACUGCCAGACAUCUUGACGGAGGGCCUGAGACAGAUUUUUGGGGAUCAUUCUCGGGAUUAAAGUAGAUUUGACCAGGAUUUAGACACCUCAUUGGUGGUUGUAAUAUUUUGUUGGAAGCGUCAUUGAUGCACCAUUUUUUCCAUGCAAGCACUCUUCCUUUCUUCAGUUUUCCAUCUAAUGGCUUGGCCUUUUACUUAUUCUUUAGAAACGACACUAAUAGGUGCAAAGAAUCAAAAGCUAUAGCUGUAAUUUGCAUAUGUCACUGCCGCAUUGUGCUUUUCCAGUUCCUGUCUGUUAUAUUUUCA